AUGCGGCUUACCUCUUCCGGUCGAUGGUCGCUGCGACUUCACCAUAAAUCUCUGAUCUCUUACUUCCAUCUCGAUCUCUCUGCUUCGGUUCCACCUCACUUCGUCUCGCCGGCGUGUUUGUCUCAACUUCUUCGCUCACAACACCUUGUAGAUUUUACCUUGUUCUCAUUAGUCCUUGUUACAAACUCCAAAUCGGAUCCUAACACAUCGACCAGAGACACUCCAGUGGUUCUUCCACAAAGGCUUAAUCAAGCAAAACCUAGAGAUCUCCAGAGCUAUCAGUUAGUACAAGAACUAGUUUGUGGAUAUAGUGCCGGUUUAUAUGAAUACAGGGCUUACUUGUUGAUGAAUUGCUAUGGGUAUAAAGCAAUUGGUAAAUGGUCAUAA